AUGGAUAGACGAACAAAUAAUAAUAAUAAUAAUACAAGAGAUGCAGGAGGGAAUGGAUAUAGUAAUAACAUUAAUAAUUUAAAUAGACGAUUGACAGCAUUCACAAUAUGUGGAGGCAAAUUGAACUACCUCUAUCUGAUACUUUAUGUAUCGUUGGUGGCAAUGUUCUUGUUCAAUCUGUUGGCAUUGGUACUCGAGACAAAGGAUGAGUUCAACCUGCAGGAUAUCGAAGAUCUGAUCAACAGGGAGUACUACGACACCUAUGUCUCUGCAGAGAUUGCCACCAUACACGAUCAACUGCGCAUCAUCCUAGUAUGCUCAGUAUUCAUUCUCAUACUACUAUGUGUCAUCUUUGCCGGUGUCACAAUGGUAUUAUUAAUUGGCAAUAAGCAACGAGGUGAAGAAGAAGAUAGUCUAAUCACCAGUGCCAACUCUACACAGUUGACAAGUGCAUCAUCUGUUGAGAAGUCAUCGAUUGUAUUGGAAGGACCAAUGUAUGAACCAUGGAAUGUAGUUACUAUUGAGAAGAUAUCAUCGGAUGAUGUUGAAGCCUACGAGAAGAUAAAGAGCACUUAUUAUAGAUAUGGUAUUACAGCUGGAAUGCAAAUAUAUGAACGAUGUGGAAGAGAGUUGACUCCUGAACAAAAGAAGGAGUUGUCAUGGAUCAAUCAAACCAACAAACAGACCAACAUUGCGAGUCUA